AUCAUUCAGCUUAAAUCGAAAAACUAUUUGAGGUUUCGAACUGAUGAUUUAAAUUUGAAUUGAAUUUGAUUUCCUCGUACAUGUUAAGUAAUUGUAGAAACGAAAAUUCUCUAGUAGGGUAGCCAUGUUCCUAGAUCGUAAGCUCGCAUUGUGUACUAGCCUUAACGCAUAUAAACAUAAAAUAAAUAUCCAGACGCCGCUUUCAAAGUGUGCUUUAAAUUGAUCGCUAGCAAUCAAUUGUUUUCCGUUGGCGCGAAUUAUCAAGCGAUUUAUUAAAUUUAGGUAUUGUUUAAAACUGACGAUUCUAAUAAAAUAGCCAAAAUAAGCAAUUCAAAGGACACAAGUAUGCCACCCAAGUGUAAAUUUCAAGAAGGUAGACACUUAAUUUUUAAUACAACUCUAUCGAAUGUUCCAGUGGGAGAAGGUUCUAUGUUUCCAUGGGCCAUUAAUUUAUGAAGCAAAAUGUCUAAAGUCCUCCAUUACUAAAGAAAAACAGAUCAAAUAUUUUAUUCAUUAUGCUGGUUGGAAUAAAAACUGGGACGAGUGGGUUCCGGAAAGUAGAGUUCUCAAGUACAACGAGGCAAAUGUGCAGAGACAAAGAGAGGUUCAAAGAGCACAUUCUAAUCAACAAUCUGCACAAAAAACUAAGAAAGGCAGUACUUCCUCUAAAACUCAGGGACGUAGGAGUGAAGGUGUACGUGAAAAAGACACUGAUAGUAGAGCUAGCACUCCUGUUGCCACAGUUGACAAAGGUGUCAGCCGAUUUAGCAAAGGCACAAGCAGUAGUGUAACACCAUCAUCCUCUCAUGAUUCUACAUCAGAAGCUCCACGUAAAAAACGGAGCCGAUUAGAGCCAUCUGGUGAAACUGAAGAAUAUCUCACCAAAGUAGAGGUUAAAAUUAAGAUUCCAGAGGAAUUAAAAUUUGUACUUAUAGAUGAGUCUGAAGUUAUAUUAAAACAUCAUAAAUUACCUGCUUUACCUGUAAAGAAUACAGUUGAUAAGAUCCUUGAUGAUUAUGUUGAAUCAAAAUCAUCAGGAAAAAAUGAUUCUGUCAGAGAAAGUACGUUAGAAAUAACUAAAGGAAUUCGUGAAUACUUCAAUAUAUCUUUAGGUUUACAGUUACUGUAUAAAUGGGAACGUCCACAAUUCAUUCAAAUUAUGAAUGAUAAUCCUGAAACACUGCCCAGCCAGUUAUAUGGUGCAUUUCAUUUAUUAAGGCUAUUUGUGAGACUCGGUGGAAUGUUGUCGUACACUACACUGGAUGAAAGAAGUAUACAAUUGCUGCUAUCCCAUUUUCACGAUUUUUUACAGUAUUUACAGAAAAACAAUGCUGAACUGUUCAAUUUGCAGCAAGAUUAUGCGGAUUCACCACCUGAUUAUCAUAGGAAAUAUGCCUAGAUUAGUAUAAAUAAACUGAUACAUUUAAUUACUUCAAGCAAUAAUGUAAUUUCAGAUUUAUUUUACAUGGCAGCUGCAAUAUUUGUUCGAAAAAAUAUGUGUACUGACAUUGUUGUAAUUACUUUUUAUACAAAAUAGGUUGUAACGAAAUUGACAAAUUUUACACGUUGUUAAAUAUUAUCCAAAAGUAUUUUAAAUUGUAAACUCGAUCU